AUGGGCGGACAUUCCCCAUGCGCUUCAUGCAAGUUGCUACGUCGACGCUGCACCAAGGAUUGCCCUUUUGCUCCUUAUUUCCCUGCCGAUGAUCCUCACAAAUUUGCCAUCGUUCACAAAGUCUUUGGUGCCAGCAACAUCAGCAAAAUGUUACAGGAGCUUCCAGUUCAUCAAAGAGCAGAUGCAGUGAGCAGUCUAGUGUACGAGGCAAAUGCAAGAGUCAGAGACCCCGUCUAUGGCUGUGUGGGAGCAAUAUCGUACUUGCAAAACCAGGUUUCUGAACUACAAAUGCAGCUUGCAGUGGCGCAAGCAGAGAUAUUCUGCAUACAGAUGCAACAAGAUCCAAUGGCCAUGCCAACUCCUCAGUUCGAUGAUGAUGAUGAAGAAUCUUUUCUGCUCCAACACAACCUCCCUCAGUACCUAAACUUCGCCUCCUCGUCUAGCGACGUCAUUCAAGAAUCUUUCAAGAAAGAGUCCCCCUUUGGGCGUGACAUGGUUUCUUAA